CGGCGGUCUUAACAUUUCACGUCGACCAAUUGCUUCUCUUUCUGCCUGUUCGCAUCUCUUCUCGGCGAUCGUGUCUGACUCUCAUAAUUCAAUAUUCAAUCCGGAAGUGGGCCGAUCAUCUAAAUGCCCGAGCGGUUAACGGUGAUUCUAAGCGACGAUGAGACGGGGAUUUAUGUAAAGAGGCAGGGUCGUGUGAGCUGGCGGGAUUUGUCUCUUUGCCCCGUUGCCUUCAUACACGGUUGUCGGAGGAGUUCGUCGUGGUCGUUGAAGAGUGUUAUUUUUUGGUUAUAGACUUAGAUUGAGUGCUCUCUCAUAGAAAGGCUCUGAGCACUUUGUCGCUAGACUUAAAAGCUGUCGUUUCCUUCAUCUGGCACGUAAACAUACACGCCAUGUCCCACCUCACCUCGGACCCAACACCCCCAUCAUUGGAGGACAGUUCACCCAUCGAACUAUCUCCCCUUCCCACUUCGCCAUCUAUAUCCCCAAUCUCCCGCCUCCCCGACGAACUUCUCACCCGCAUCUUCGCAUACCACCAACCGCAAGCCGCGACCUGGAAAUCCUACACCGCCAAAAAGCACCGUCACCUCCUCAAAGCCGACCCCGCCCAUCCGCUCGGUAUCUCGUUACGCGAGAACGCGACGGGGUGGUUGAGUAUAUUGCAUACGUGUUAUAGGUGGCGGAGCGUCGCAUUCCAGUGUGGCGCGUUUUGGUCGAAUGUGGUCAUUGAUGGGUCGGAGUACGGGCGGAAGGAUGGUGGGCGCGAGGAUAAGGAUGUGGAUAAGGAUGUGAAUGAGAAUAGUGAUGGUGGAGGAGACGGGGUCUGGUAUGGAGAGGGGGGAAUGCGUUUGAGUUUGACGGAGAUGAUGUUGGAGAGGUCAAAGACGGCGGAGUUGGCCGUGACAUACUGGCACAAAGAAGACGAACGGCGCGCAUUCGACAGGAUCAUGGACGAAGUCUCCAGGAUUCGGCACUUGCACGUCAUCGGUGCGGACCGAGAGCUCUGCGAGAUCAUCACCCAUGCGCUCACGGACGUGGCCAGGGGAGGACGAAGGGACGCGUUGAGGUCGCUCAUAUACGCCACGGUGGAGACGGAUUUCAAAGCUUCGAUGCCGCUCAUGGAUCGGAACGUGCUAGAGUCACUACCACCUACUCUCGAUUUCCUCGCGUUCUGCGGUCAACUUGGUUCUUCACUCGCUCGGAAUCCGAUCGUUCCUAGGCAUUUAUCGCACGGAGGUCCGAUAAAUUUGGGCCAUAUUUAUCUCUGUCUCACUCCGCCCAUCGACAUCGCCUCGCUCGAGUCUACGCUCACGUAUCUCCCGAACUUACAGACGCUUUCACUUCGAUUGCGAACGUACGGCGCUUCGCCGGGCGCGUUCAUCACGCUUCCCUCUCCACUUCUCGUCAAUGGCACCUCCCCCCCACCGGUCCACCUUCCGCACGUAUACCUAUUCGACUACGACGGUCCUCUCUACGUGUACAAUCACCUCUCCACCGUGCUUCGCAUCCCGGAAAACGCACAUCGUCAUCUGACGUUGAGCGUGAAUGGAGCGGACGUGGAGGACGUGAAGGGGCUGAUUGGAGCGUACAGACCUAGGGAGGUGGGCGAGGUCAAGUUCGAGAGGGUGAAUCUGGGUAUGACGAGGAGGGCGCCGGAAUACCUCGGGAUGGGAAGUUUGGAGCUCGAUCUCUAUAUCAGUCCCUCUCCCUCUCCUGCCCUUUCAGAUUCGAGCCAUCGCCGGUCACUCCCCAGACCAUCGUACCCCCGCGCUGCGUACGACACCUCCCGUUUACCGGAAUACGCCUCUUUAUUCCUCACGCUCCGCUUUUUCUUCGUUUCUGCGGAGAGGCAGGCUGAGAUCGUGACGGAGUUGUAUGGAGCGGUUGGAUAUGGUGAUGUGCGGAAUUUGGGACUUAGGGUGACCGUUCCGAGUUUGGGGACGAGUUAUGGUGGUGGAGACGAAGGUGGUGGAGAGAGUGGGAGGAAGCCGCCGCUUGGGGUCCCGGUCCUCGGCGCGUUGAAGGGGCUGAGGAGGUUAGAAGUCAAGGGUUGCGACGGGUUGGCGAGUUUAGUGAGCUGGAUGAAGGAGCAGGAUAAAGAGAGGGAGGAGGGACAGCAUGCUGUGGGUGAUUUGGAGGGAUUAAAGGAAUUGGUUCUGGACGGUGUGGGGCUCGAGAGUUCGAGUUCGGACGAUGAGACUGAGCGGGCGGGAAGUGCGCGGGUGGUGGCGUUGGAGGGAAGAUAUGAGACGUUGUUGGACGCUUUGGUGAGACGGAAAGAGAGGGGAGUUGGGUUGGAGAGAGUGGUGUUUAGGGGGUGUGGGAUUGGGGAGGGGAUGUUGGCGCGGUUUAGAGAGUCACGGUGCGGUGCGGCGGUCGAGAGCGUUGAGUACGAUGGGGCUAUAGAGACGUGACGAUUUAAUGUUGAGACGACCAUCUAUACUUCAUUUCGAUCAGGGUUCUCAGUAGACUUGCAUCCUAGAUUUUCGUCUCGGAAUAUUAGGCUCGAGAUGCCGGCGCGCAUCGUUCGGGCGGAUUGAAUCUUCCUUCACUUACUACUUAUACCCAUUAAUAGAUCUUUAUUUUAUGGAUAGAGCUAAGUGAACCAGCAUUCCGUGCUACAUCGUCUCCCAGGUCCCUCAACCACUACUAAAGACGCGGCGUCUUCCCCAAGAAAGUAUCAUAUAUAUGCAUUUAUGUAUAUCCAUCAUUUCUGUCAG